UAGCAGACGAUUGGUUGGGGUGGUUUGAGUGGCUGCGUUUGUGGCCAGUGCAAGAAAAAUGUCUCUGGAUCAGAAAUAGCCGCCCUCGUUUUUUACACGUCCUCAUUUGAAUUUACUUAUUAACUGCCUUCAUUCAAUUCACCUCCAAGUUUAAACCCUGACAUGGAAACAGACCGUGAAUCUCGAUAUAAUUAGUGGCAGGGGGAGGCGUGAUGGAGGACUAUAAGUUCCUGUUCAAGGUGGUACUCAUAGGGAACGCUGGCGUCGGCAAAACUUGUCUGGUGCGCCGUUUUACGCAGGGCCUGUUUCCCCCCGGCCAAGGAGCCACCAUAGGAGUCGACUUCAUGAUCAAGACAGUCGAGAUCGAAGGCGAAAAAAUCAAGCUACAGAUCUGGGACACGGCGGGUCAGGAGCGGUUCAGAUCGAUCACUCAGUCCUACUACCGCUCCGCCCACGCACUCAUCCUGGUGUACGACAUCUCCUCCCAGCCUACCUUCGACUGCCUGCCUGGCUGGCUUAGGGAGAUAGAGCAGUACGCGAGCUGUAAGGUGCUGCGGGUGCUAGUAGGAAACAAAACUGACCGCGAGGACAGAGAGCUUCCCACCCACGUAGGGGAGGAGUUUGCACACACGCACAACAUGUACUUCAUCGAGACCUCCGCCAAGGAGGCUGAUAACGUCGAGAAACUUUUCAUCGAAAUAGCCAAGGAGUUAACGCAGCUCGUCAGGAACGGGCAUUUUGACAAGGCUUUCCAUAGACUGUACACGGACAACAAAGGAGGCGCUGUGGGGGACAUGUCUCCGCAGGACAACAGCAGCGUAAACCUUCCCCCACCGCGGCAUGGCGACCACUCCCCGGACUCCGUGCUGGGCGGCUGCUGCCCGAGGUGGUCCGCACCUCAGGAUUCUUAGCGAAGCAGCGCGCUGUCUAGUCCACGACAUUAAUUUGUGCUUGUACCCGGGGACAGUAGUGGCGGCAUGGGCAACUUUCGAAUACUAACAGCCACUAUUUGCCGGGAGGAUGGCCUCAUGCACAGGCGCUACUGGCCACGGAAAGACCAGUAACUCUUUACACGAUGCCAGUACAACUUUCAGAUACCAACCGUCACCAUUAACCGAGCUAACAAAUUCGUGUAGGCGCUAUUGGCCACGAAAGGACCCAGUAACCCCUUACAAGAGACAGUAUCCUGAUAAUUACGUGUAGCAAACAUUUGAAAGUUGUUACCGUCACUACUGGCCUCGUGUAGCUGUAGCCGUCUCUAUAGCUACCAUGACCAUGGUCAUCAUCUUGUUAUUUCUAUUGAGGUGAAUAAGGCAAGAGCGAUCCAAUCGUACAAAUUUUCAGUGGAUAUUACGACUUUGGGUCAAAUGUUUGAAAGGCGGACAUUUUUAAAUGUUUUUACAUUUUCGCAAUUAAGGCCAAUUGCGAGAAAUUUCUAAAGAUAAGUGAUACAGGCGAACUCAUUAAACUAAUUUUACUCGGCUAAAUAGAGUGAAGCCUGUAUAGAAUGAGUGCAGUAUAAACUGCAUGCGAAGAAGUUUUCAUCGGAAAGAUGCCAGCUGAAAUGUCAAGUUCGAGUUUUGAAAGAUAAAACAGUAAAAUGAAGAUCUUUCAGGAAGAAUAAAAUAACAAAUCAAGCUUUAUAAUCGAAAUAGAAAAAUUACAUGACAAAUCGAAAUGCGAAGUUUUAUAAAUAUGAACAGGUAAGAGCUGACUAAGACAUGAUUGAUUAUACGUACUACCCAAUUCCUGCAAAGGGCAUGAACUCGAUUAGCACGUAAACCAAUGGCCGGAUAAUUUGGAACCUGUUAGUAUGAAUAAUGUUGAUUUGAGAUCCCACCCUGUUCUACGUCAUCUAAUUGCGUAAUAUGCAAUAUAGAGACAUGCACGAGGGAGCGUCUAGCGAGAGAUCGGUUUUGUGACGAUACUUCAGUUGUUAGAGGUCAGCAUUUACUGUUCUUUGAUAGUCAUUUGAAGUAAAUAAGAUCAAUGACUUGCAUCUAUAAACGCAUCGCUCGGGAAAAUAUCCCAUGUGUUAUCUAGGAGUGAACUGAUUUAUAUUCUAUUUUGGGAUUGGGAUCGUCGCGUUACAACUUCACUUAUGACGGAUAGACAUAGAAGUAACCCGGGCGUUGUAUAUGCUCGUAUAGCUAGAAGUUCUUUUGAUACAUGUAGCCGUAAGGGAAGCGGAUCAGGCGAUUUAUAAGCGAUUUUAAUAAAUUUCUAUCUAGUUAAUUUGUUGCAAAAACUAAGAGACGCUCGGCGUUUCCGUUUAAACUAAGAGAAUCCGUUUAUGGACUUGCUUGAACAUAACUCAAUACAUUUUCUCAACACAAGAAUGCAACAACUUUCUGACAGCAAAUGGAAAUAGUAAUGUCCCUAAUGAAACAACACCCAUCUUUGCCAUGCGACGUAUAUACUUCACUCAUUCUUUUCUUCGAACGCAAUGAACUCAUUGCAGAAAUCUUUUACCAAUGCGGCCUUGGAUUUAAAUCAUAAUGGACUGCAGUCAUAAACAGGUUUUCGAUGUUUGAAGCGAGUGGUUGAUGGUUUGAUUGAACUUAAACAUGAAGCAAAAUCAAAGUUACCAAGUUAAACAUUCCAACUCGAGAUCCAUUGCCUGAUCGCAUGAGGCAAAUAAUUUUUUCCGCAAUACCGGUACUAGCGUCAAUAAAAGUAAUGCUUCGAAUUACAAUGAUCAGUUAUACAAUCGAUCCAAACGCUGUUUCGCUAUAGCGUAGUUACAGUAUAUGUUAUUACCAGCAUUCCGCCUAUCGUACACCGAAUAUAAUAUAUAAUUUCUAUGAAUAUCAUUAUGCUUUAAUGAAGGUAGCCAUCUGUUCCAAUACCUGACGGCGCUAACACGGAGAAAGAGCCAGGAAUUUUAUGCGACACAAGUGACGCCAGUAUUAUAUUAGACGUUAUUCAAUUUAUUAUGUAGCUCCGCAUAAAAAACAAGUUCGAGUAUGUGAGAUGAAAAGGCAAUUUCGCGUGGCAGCGCACACUUAUGAUUGUAUUGACGAACACAAGUUUGUUGAUGUCUGAUUGACUGUGAUAAAGAUGCGAGUACAGUGGGGCUUGUUGUACAAUGUUUGCCUGAAAUUAGCUUUCGGACUUGUGGAAGUAAAUGCACAAAUGUGCGCUUUUCAAUUAUACGUUGUGAACCAUUAAGGUAUUUAUUAUGUUUAAAGGUUAUGUAGUUAUUGACCCUGGCACUUUCGCCAAUAGAAAUACGUAAAAUGGUGAACGAUUUUGA